CCUCAUUCCUGGCUGGUACCCAUUCAGAACAUCCACACCACUUAAAAGGACCAUGCCACAGUGAAGAGAGUAAAAGUCUUACUGGCUCAGGAGAGGUGACUGCCCCACAACAAUAACAAUAAGAAAAGAAACUGUUUGGGAAGAAUUAAUUUGUUUUAUACAAACAUACAACAAAACUGUAUACUACUACUACUGCUCACGAUGGAAUACCUGAAGCUACCAGGUGAGAUAAGGGUGGAGGAUAAAGAAGACAGGAUCAUGAGCGGGAGCAAUAAGCCAUCCUCCGGCCAGAAGGGAGGUCUGGAGCCACCAGGGCCGGGGGAGAACCCGCACACGGACCUCAGUCGAGUAUACAGCAAGGAUCUGUUGCCAACAGCGGGGGGAGAAAGCCUUACUUGCAAAUUCUUCCAGGAACUGGUCAAUAUCCUCAUGGAUUACAUCUUCAAGUCCAACGAAAGGAGCUCCAAGAUCCUUGACUUCCACCACCCCCACCAGCUGAAGGAAGGCUUGGAGGGCUUCAGCCUGGACCUGCCAGACCACCCAGAACCCCUGGAGCAGAUCCUGGUGGACUGUAGGGACACGCUCAAGUACGGCGUGAAAACCGGUCACCCUCGCUUCUUCAACCAGCUCUCCUCGGGUUUGGACCUGGUCGGCCUCGCAGGCCAGUGGCUGACCUCCACCGCCAACACCAACAUGUUUACAUACGAGGUGUCUCCAGUCUUCCUGCUCAUGGAGGAGGUUCUACUGAAGAAGAUGCAAAGCAUUGUGGGAUGGUGCGAGGAAGAGGGAGAUGGUAUCUUCUGCCCAGGCGGAGCAGUGUCUAACCUCUACAGCCUACUGGUGGCCAGGUAUGACUUCUACCCAGAAGUCAAGACCAAAGGGAUGUGCGCUCUCCCACGUUUGGCACUCUUCACCUCUGAGCAUAGCCACUACUCCGUCAGGAAGGCGGCGGCCGUGCUGGGGAUGGGCAGCGACAGCGUGCAGGUGGUGCCGUGUGAUGAAAGAGGGAAGAUGAUCUCACGGGAGCUGGACUCGUCCAUCGUGGAGGCCAAGGCCAAGGGUCUGGUUCCGUUCUACGUGAACGCCACGGCAGGGACCACCGUGUACGGGGCCUUCGACCCGCUGACAGCCAUCGCCGAUGUCUGCGACCGACACAAGCUGUGGCUUCAUGUGGACGCUGCGUGGGGCGGAGGCCUGCUGAUGUCCAGACGGCACCAGGGCAAGCUGCAAGGUAUUGAAAGAGCUUCGUCUGUGACAUGGAACCCCCACAAGCUGAUGGGGGCCCCCCUGCAGUGCUCAGCCAUUCUGAUCAAGAAGAGGGGUCUGCUACAAGAGUGCAACCAGCUCUGUGCAGAGUAUCUGUUCCAGAGUGACAAACACUACGACAUUUCUUACGACACGGGAGACAAAACCAUCCAGUGUGGCCGUCAUGUGGAUGUCUUCAAGCUUUGGCUCAUGUGGAAGGCAAAGGGCUCCGAAGGGUUUGGGUCCCAGGUGAAUAAGUGCUUGGAGAACGCAGAGUACCUGUUUAAGCAACUCCAAAGGAGGGCUGACUUCAAACUGGUCUUUGAGAGCAAACCGGAGCACAGCAACGUGUGCUUCUGGUACCUCCCCCCGAGCCUCAGGGGGCUGCCCCCCGGGCCCGACACCAACCGCAGGCUGCAUGAGGUGGCCCCCCAGAUCAAAGCCAAGAUGAUGGAGGAAGGGACGACCUUAAUUGGCUACCAGCCAUUGGGCUCAAACGUCAACUUCUUCCGAUGCGUCUUCUCCAAUCCCGCCACCCAGCAUGAAGACGUAGACUUCCUGUUGGAGGAGAUUGCUCGGCUUGGUUCUAACCUAUGAACAUUGUUUUUCCCCAAAAUUGUUCAUUCCUUAAGUAGGUUUGUAAUCCCUCUAGUUUGUCUGAGAUUGAGCUGUCCAGAUGCUCAGAUCAUCCGUUAUAAUAUAUAUAUCCGUCCUUGUGCCAACGGAUGGAAUUAAUGGAAAGCCAAAUCUAGUUUAGUGUGGCAGUCACAUGGAUUACAAUAUUAGUAUUUCCAGAACCGGAUUCACUAUGCACGAGAUUGUACUUAACCCAAUCAGCCAAGUGACAGAAAUAAAUGGAGCCCCAAAUUUCGUAAACCAAAAUGGAUUAGCCAUCCAUCUAGUUACUAGUCAGGUAACUAUGCAAGCACAUCAAGUCUGCAGAUAUCAGUGACUGAAAAGAUACUACCGACACUAUGCAGGCUCACAAUUCAGAGAACAGCUAGUGGGUGGAUGCAAGGCAGAAAAUAAACAGCAUUGCCACACCAGUGGCAAACAUGGCCGGAAAGGCCUUAAUUCCGAAUAAUUGUGAGAAAAGCAUUGACGCCCUUGCAUUUUACAUGUCUGUAUUAUAGUUUAUUUAGGAAUGACUUAAUGAUUAGUCUAUAUUUACAAAGAGUGAUGCAUUAUCAAAUCAAGGAAUGCAUUAAUAAAAUCACAAAUGCAUGAUAGUUAAAAAAGUAUAUUUAUUAAAUUGAAUGUUUAAAAAAAAGGAAAGAAAUGUCAUUUGCUCGGAAUCUUCGUUAUCUUCCAUUUCCACCUGUUAGAAGAAAACCUUUUACAUAUGGCAUACAAAAAAUAAAUUCUUUUGCAAGUUAAA